AAUCAGCAAGUUUACUGUCUUCCAAAGUUGUGGACGUGAUUUUUUCUCAACGGUGGCUCACUCACUAAUGUCCGGCAACGUCAACACCAAACAAAACCUAACCAAUGACCUCUCACCACGACACAAAUGACUAUUUUGUGCACAAUUUUCCCUCCCGAAAUUACCGUUAAUCUCCUCAGAGCUUAAACUGGAAUUCUCUAGCUCAGGCAAGGACAAAGGGCCCCAUUUCAAACUUGCACGCAAAGUCCUCCAUUUUCCUUUUUAGAGCCUACCUUGACCAAUUUCUUCAGCAGAAAAUCACAGAAUUGAAGUAUCAGAAACAAACCCAUAAUGGCAGUUUUACUCUCUUCCUCUGCUUCUUCUGCAAUUUUUACUCUAUCAUCAUCAUCACCAACCCCAAAACCUCCCAAGACACUUCCUUUCUUGAUCUCCACCAAUAACCCAAAUCAUAAAUUACCAGGUAGAGCAAAAAGUAUAUCUCCUUUGAGAGUAGCUGUGCCUGCAACCCAACCACAAACCACAGACCCAGAGGCACCACCCACACAGACGGAACAAGAUGGUGAAGAUUACAGAGUUGAGGAUGAGGUUGAGGAUGAGAACCCGACAACCAAGUUCAAUUGGAGGGAUCAUUGGUACCCAGUUUCUUUGAUUGAAGAUUUGGACCCUCGCUUGCCUACCCCAUUUCAGCUUCUGGGUCGUGACCUUGUUUUAUGGUAUGAUAAGUCUUCUGGUGAAUGGGUUGCUUUUGAUGACAAAUGCCCUCACCGCCUCGCGCCCUUAUCUGAAGGACGGAUUGAUGAAGGGGGAAACUUGCAGUGUUCAUACCAUGGAUGGUCAUUUGAUGGAUGUGGAUCAUGUGUUAAGAUUCCGCAGGCUUCAUCUGAAGGUCCUGAGGCUCGUGCCCUUCGGUCUCCAAGAGCAUGUGCUACAAGGCUUCCUACACUGGUGUCUCAAGGCCUACUCUUUGUUUGGCCAGAUGAGAAUGGAUGGGAAAGAGCUAAUGCCACUAAGCCUCCCAUGCUGCCUGAGGAAUUUGGUAAACCUGAGUUUUCAUCAGUGACAAUCCAGCGUGAUCUGUUCUAUGGCUAUGAUACCCUCAUGGAAAAUGUCUCUGAUCCUUCCCACAUUGACUUCGCUCAUCACAAGGUUACAGGAAGGAGAGAUAGAGCCAAGCCUUUGCCAUUUAAAGUGGAGGCCAGCGGCCCGUGGGGAUUUGCUGGAGCAAAUGAAGGCAACCCACGGAUUACUGCUGAGUUUAUAGCUCCUUGUUAUUAUUUGAACAAAAUAGAGAUUGACACAAAGCUUCCACUAGUUGGUGAUCAAAAAUGGAUUAUAUGGAUUUGUUCCUUCAACGUUCCAAUGGCACCAGGGAAGACUCGUUCUAUUGUUUGUAGUGCUCGAAACUUCUUUCAGUUCAGCAUGCCAGGGCCUGCUUGGUGGCAGGUGGUUCCUAGAUGGCAUGAGCAUUGGACUUCAAAUAAGGUGUAUGAUGGAGACAUGAUUGUCCUUCAGGGUCAAGAGAAGGUCUUUCUUUCCAAGUCCAAGGAGGAAUCUGGUGAUGUUAAUAAGCAGUACACAAAAAUCACAUUCACUCCCACACAAGCAGAUCGCUUCGUCUUGGCAUUUCGGAAUUGGCUGAGGCGGCAUGGCAACAGCCAACCUGAGUGGUUUGGCAGCAUUGACCAACAACCUUUGCCAUCAAUGGUCUUAUCAAAACGUCAGAUGUUAGACAGAUUUGAGCAGCACACCCUCAAAUGUUCCUCAUGUAAGCAAGCUUAUACAGCAUUCCAGACAUGGCAGAAGCUGCUAAUUGGGGCAACCGUUGUUUUCUGUGCAACAGCCGGAAUUCCUUCGGAUCUGCAGCUACGGAUCAUUUUGGCCGGCUUUGCGCUUCUAAGUGCUGCCUUGGCUUAUGCCUUACGUGAACUCGAAAAGAAUUUUGUGUUUGUUGAUUAUGUACAUGCUGAAAUUGAAUAGAGAUAUAGAGUUGUACAUGGAAACUAACCCGAAUUGUUUUUGCCUGAUGCAGGGCUUACUGCCUUAGAUACUAGUUUCUAGUGCAUCACUGUUAGGAUUAAUACAAAGCUUAUACAGCAUUCCAAACGAGUCCAAGUCCGUUUGAAUUAUGAGAUUUAAAUCUAGGUACUUUAAUUUAUGUUUAGAGUUAUUUGCUUGCAUACAAACAUAAACAAUGUACAAAAGUUUGUAUUUAUGCAAAAAAAUAACAAGACAUACAUUGAUUUGUAUUAAA